CGACGUGACCGACCGACUCUCCCGUGCUCCCCCUUCGCCAUCGCUUUCUUUUCUUUUGUCGCACUUUCUUUUCAUGAAAACAUUUGAUUGGUGGACUCGUCUCUCUCUCUGAGGUUCAUACCUGACAAAUAUUUCCUGAUUAUACGUCAUUUUUGUAAAGCAUCGAUAGUUUGCAGUGAUAAGCUGUUAUGAACGGUGUAGACAUGGCCGCCGAUACACCUAAAGAAGAUUACUUCAAGAGCUAUGAAGAUCUGGAGGUGCACCAUUUAAUGUUGAAUGACCAUCCCAGAACAGAAGCGUACCGACAUGCCAUCAGUGCAAACAAAGCUAUGUUUAAGGACAAAGUUGUCAUUGAUGUUGGAGCUGGCACUGGAAUUUUGUCUGUAUUUUGUGCCUUAGCUGGUGCCAAGAAGGUGUAUGCAAUUGAAGCAAGUAAUUUAGCAGAGCUGAUGAAGGAAGUCAUCAAAGAAAAUAAAUUAUCAGACAAAGUAGAGGUGAUACAAGGACGAGUUGAGGACAUUGAGUUACCAAAUGGAGAUAAGGCUGAUGUUUUAGUGUCUGAAUGGAUGGGCUUUUAUCUUCUACAUGAAGGAAUGCUGGACUCUGUAUUGAAUGCAAGGGAUCGUCUAUUGAAACCAGGCGGAUCCAUGUUUCCUGACAAAGCUGACUUGUGGGCUGCCCCUUGCUGCUUACCAUCACUAUAUGAUUUUUGGGAAGAUGUCCAUGGAGUUUCUAUGCAAUGUGUUGGCAAAGCAUGGCGCCGAAAGAAAGGAAACAGUCCUGAAGUUAUGACUAUUGAUCCCGAAGAUCUUCUUGGCGCAGGAAAUCUUGUUGCCAGCAUCAACCUUGCUACUGUGUGUAUGGCAGAUUUAGAGAAGAUGAGUGUGAAGCAUGUAGUUGCAGCAAACAGUGCUGGAAGAUAUCAGGGUGUGUGUGUGUGGUUUACUGUUCGUUUCCCCUCUGGUCUAGUCCUGUCAACUGCCCCAUCUGCACCUGCCACCCACUGGAAACAGACUGCUAUUGUCCUCCCUGAAGAACGGACCGUUGAAGAGGCUGAACCUCUAGCAUGGGAACUUACCUUGGCACGAGAUCCAGAGGCCACUCGUCAUUAUAACAUUGAGUUAGUGCUCCUUGAUCCAGAAGAAGAGAAGCAUCCUACACCUUGCAGCUGUCAUAUGACUAAAUGCAUUGUUAUCAGAAAAUUUAUGGAACAGCAGGAGGAUGCUGAGGAUGAAGACUUUGAUGAGGAGGAGGGUGAAGAUGAUGAUGAAAUGGAAGAUGAUGACGAAGAGUAUGAAAGUGAUGUGGAAAUGAAUAGUGAGAAACAGGAUUUGAAUGACACAAAGAAGACCAAAGAAAAUGGAGCAGGUGGUCACUAACUUGUUUUAUUGUUUUAAUCGACAUGUUAUGCAUAAUAACGAAGACAUUUGCAGCCAGUUCAGUCUCUCCUUUUCUUAGACUAUUAUUUGCUUUUUCACAUAUUGUUUUCAGAUUUAUAAGACAUGCCAUAAAGAGUCAGGGUUUUACUGCAGACAUUUAUUUCUGAAUAUUAAGUGCAUUUAUACACAAUUUUAUAAAAGUAAUUGUAUUGGAUGCUGUAAACAUAAAAUUGGAAAAAUGAGAGCUGGUCUCUAAUGUUGGAGUAGUGCAUGCACUCCUAUUUUGACUGAGGAUUAUUCACUAUUAUAGAAGCCUUCUAAGAAUUUUCGGACAGUUUGUUACAAUUCCUUACUACUCCUUUCACUUUUUCUUGAUUUGAAUAAAUCUGUUGACGAGAAAAACUUGUGAUUGUAUCUGAUAAUUUGUGCAUUUACGUUCCUGAAGUUGCUUAAGGAAUCUCUGUACAUCCUUAAUUUUUUUAUUUGUGAAAUUUUCUGUUUCUUCUAAUUUUGUAUGACAAUUUAAAUAGUGCUCCCGUUAGGAUAUGCAUAUUUAUACGUUUUGCUAAGGAGGCAUUUGAAGAUAUUAACUAUCUUCUUUUGAUAAGAAUUUCAAAAGCUGUUUGUGCUUUUCUUUUUGUAAAACAUCUCCUUGUUCUGAGUUGCUGCAGGAUUGUGUUUUCUCUGACUGAUUUCUGCUAAGAAAUGAUGUGAUAAUAGUUUGUCGAAUUGAUUGUUAUGGUUGAGCAGUAAAACUCUCCCUUCGCCAGGACAA